GUAAAAAAAACGAAGUAGCAGCAGCAGCAGCAACCAGCCAGAAGAAUUUUCAUUCGUUCUAAUUUUCGGCGUUAUUUCGCGGAAAAUCUUACGAAUCGGUGCGAAAAAGUGUUGAUCAGACGCCUUGGAAAGUGUUCUUUGUGGGAAGUUUUGGUGCGGCUUUGGAAAGUGCGAUAAUUUGUGCGUAGCGGCGAAUUAAAUUCUACCUUUGGGCCCACUCGCGACUUGGUGCGGGGAAUGGUCGUCAUCGAAAGUGAUCGAUAUCAGUGCUGAUUGGGGAAUAAACAGAAGGUGUGUGUUUGCCAGUUCGAGAAAUAAUUGCGAAGAUUCGCGAAUAGCAAGGAUAUUGUGCGUGGAAUCAAACGUGCAGGCGUUUUCAGCUCGCCGAAAUGAUAAACCUCAAAGUGAAGACGUUGGAUUCGCAGAAUCAUGACUUCAGCGUGGAAGAUGAUAUUACUGUUCGCCAAUUCAAGGAGCAGAUCGCCGAAAAGAUCAACGUUUCCGUGGACAUGCAGCGUCUGAUCUACUGUGGCCGGGUGCUGAGCGACGACAAAGCGUUGAAAGAGUACGAUGUCAACGGAAAGGUGGUCCACUUGGUGCAGAGGGCUCCACCCUCGGCACGGGGCAGCAGCACCAGCGGUGGAAGUUCCAGCUUGGGAGACGAUGGUAACCGUGCCUCGGCUAGACGAUCCAGGAGCAGUGACAACGCUGCACGACCGCAAAUCUACCGGAACUUGGACGAUUUUAACACAAUGUACUUCGGUUCGAUGACGUCUAUUCCGCUGAAUGUCAAUGGAACUACUCCUCCCCAAAUCCCGCCCGUGAGCCCUUCGUCAACAUUGUGCAUGAAUCGCAUCACCGUCGCCCGACACAUGCUCCAGUGUGCUGACAACAUCAUCAGCUAUUUGGAAGCUCCGGAACGAGGACUGAACAACACCGCUAUGGACAUUCUUUCGCAACAGACCAUGGAGAGUACCGUUUUCGAAGUCGGAAUCAGUGCCGUUGGGGACGUGGACAUCCCGCACAACCAGAUGCAAAACUUUGUCCAAGCGUUCCAAGGUGCAGUUUCGGCUGCAUUCCGGCAAAAUGGAAUUUCCAACGUCACCGUGCAGCAGCCGGAUACGCUAAACCCGUCGGUGCAAGUAUUUGGAACAAUUCCCGAUUCGGCCAUGGUCACUCCACCAAACACAAGCGCUACGGCCACACCGGCACGCGAGAGUUCCGGAGCUUCGUCGGGAAGCUCGUCCACUUCCUCUAGCACUUCGGAAUCCAGCGCAGAUUCCCGGCGACAGGCUCGUCCCGGUUCAUCGCGUAACCAAACCACAAGCACCCAGACUCUCGCCGAAGUGGUUCAACAGAUGCGAGGCGUUCAACGUCGGAUGGAACCAUACCUACAGCAGUACUUUGAAAUACUGCAGAAUGAUCCAACGUUUGAGGAACGUUUUAUUAGUCAAAACUUUGCGCUAUUCUGCACGGACACCGCCGGUCGCGAAAGUGCUCAGCGUACCUUUGACCGCAUAUCCGAGGCGCUGCAUUACAUGUCCCAUGCCCAGCAUGCAAUCAGCGACCUGAUGCUGGAUCUGCAGACUGCGGCUCCCCGUCACCUGUGCUGCCGCCCGAUCCUGGUCGAGCAGUCUGCUUUCGUAAGUUCUGGCAUUGCUGCUGUUCCUAACAACAUCAAUCUGGCUAAUUUGCUUCGUGCGACCAACAACAAUAAUAACCCCGACAUGGGCAACAACAACAUCAACGCCCAGAUAAUCAAUUUGCAAAUCCCGGGUUUGUCCGGACCGGCCCCCAACGGACCCAUCCAUGUUCCAUUGCUGGACCCCAUAGGCCAACAGAACAGAUCUACGGGUUCUUCCGGUCCAACAUCGGGUACUGCAACUACACCGACUUCGAACGCGAAUGGAUCGGGUGCUGGAUCAACACCUCCUACAAACCAACAGCAACAACAACAACAAGGUCAGUCCGCUAGAAUCGUAAACAACCUUCCAGACGAUGUGGUUACCCGGGUCUAUAUUCCACUGUACGAUCCUUCGGCCGUAGCACGAAUGCGGAACAUUAUUCAAACGAUGGGACCACCACCGCCGCCAAGAGAUGGUUCCGCUGCCAGAGCUGCCAAUCCUCAAAGUGGUAGCAGCAGCAGCACCACCCCCAAUUCCAACAGCAACAACGCUGCUGAUGGCAACGGCAGUACGGCCAUCAAUGACGAUCCCCCACUACAGCAAACUGCGACUACUACCCCAUCAUCUUCGACUACCAAUUCCCGAACGACCAGUGAGUCCGACUCGAUAAGUUCGAGUUCCCCUGAACGAUUGUCGAACUCCAACAAUGCUCAGAUGCAGGUGGCACGUUUGAUUCAGGCCGUCGUAAACGCUGCUCCAAUUCACGCUGAUAUUCACUUCCAAAUCAACGCAGGUGGAAAUCCACCCGGAUCGUCGGCUCCUGGCACCCCUGGCAGCGGCAGUACUACAACCAGCAAUAGCAACGGUGGCCCACAAGCGAAUCCCACGAUGACCAACAACACAUCUACCAACACGAACAGCGGCAGCAACGACAAUGGAUCGCAGUCCCGCUUUGCCACCGUGACGCUUCCGACGACAUCAACGCAGACGCGUUCCACAUCGAGACCACACGUGCAUAGCAUCCCACCGGCACACAUCCGGAAUGUUCGUCCCAUUCCGGCCAACAUGCUGUCCUCGUUCGAUAGGUUCCUACCGUGCAACAGCCACCACAUCCGAGAAAAUACAGACCGUGCUGCUUCUGAUUCUGCCACGGCACGUAAUGCUACUUCCGCUAACAAUGCCAGCAGUAGAAACAGCAGCGCUGGAUCUACUCCCACUCCAGCUACUAGUCAACCAAGUGCGCCUCCUUCGGAAUCCCUUUCGUCGCUACCGUUCAACUUCUUCGGUAGUCAAUUCACGCUAGCCGACUUUGAGCAGAUUGCACCGAACCCGAAUACCUUGAACCGUGUGCGCGAUUCGCUGCAAGCGUAUGUAGUCGAAACGCUUUUCAGCGGUCAGGCCAUCAGCGAAAACACUAUGCAAGAGGCUAUAUCCGUACUAAUUCAGCGUCUCGAUCCGAUCCUAUCCCGCGUGUCUAACUACGACCUUCCGGAUUACGACACGCGUGCUUCCAUCGAGAAUCUUCUCCGCAAUUCGAUUCCCUUCUGUAUCAACCUGAUACGAGAGGAUACCUCGCAGCAGUUUGGCGUCCGCUUGCUUCGUUUCCUGAUCCAAUUCGUUCGACGCUUCUUCAUGAUUCUGGUCACCGGAAUUGGCGCAAACAAUGCACAUUCCUUCUCCGGGGAGUUGUUGAACAUGGCUAUCUUUAGCACGCAGGAUGGUGCUACUGUCAAUCCGGCGCUGCUGCAACUAUUUCUUCCCGCAAUUCAUCGACAGUUGGAAAGGUCGGGCCAAGAUGAUCGUUCGGACAUACAGGAAUUUUUGGUCAUCCGCAGACCUGCACCCGGACAGAGCCAAAGCGGCUCAGCCGAUCGUGCCCCUAGUCCUAUGGAUGUGGAUGACGCUGAAUCCACAACGACACCGGAGCUGGUAUCGGACAUUGCAGAAAUAUCGAUAUCCAUCGAGCCGCCGAUUGUCAAUUAUGAACAGUGUGCAGCCAUUGUGAUUUCCGCUGCCCCCGUAGCGGGAUCAACACCUAGCGCAGCACAUACCAUGGCUGCUCCAAUAGCCUCUUCCGAAGUGGAUGCCAACGAGGAGGAUGUUACAAUGGCAAUUCCGGCUGCCGUACUUGAUCCACAAGUGCCCCCUCCGCUGGCGAAAAAGGACGACGACGAGGAACUUCCCUCGGUGGUAGUCGGAUCGGAACCGUGGCAUUCACAUUUACCGUCCACGUGGCUACCGGUGAUAACGCGGGACAUAACCCGGCAACGACGACAGAUCCCACAAGGACCAUAUUCAGACGCGUACAUCUCGGGCAUGUCGUCCAAAAGGCGUAAGCUGAUAGUAGAAACCAAACCAUCAUCCGACGUUCCUUCGCUAAUUUCGGACGGAGUCCGGCAAGCUUUCCAUAGUACCGCGAUCAAUCCGGCCAGUGCCAGCAGUAGUAAUUCAAACAUGGCAUCCAGCAACCCCAGUGUUGAUGAACUGGCCCGCACGAUAUCCGAUGACGCCGCCCUGCAGAGCUCCUACUGUGAAACCAUGAAGGCCAGCAUACGGGAACGGUUAUCCAAGGAUCCGGACUAUGAUGCAAAACGGUUCCCCAAUUGUUCGAAAUAUUUUGAAAAAUAGCUUUUUGCUAGUGCGAUGGAAGGAUAAGAUGUAGAUGCUUGUGGUUUUACUUGCUGAUGAGGCAGAAAAAAUACGUGGCGCGCUCUUUAUAAUUGCAGUGAUAUCUGUGAGAAUGGGAGAGCACGAGAGAAGGCGUCGUCUGCUGAUAAAUAAUUGCGUAUGCUCUUGUCCUGCUAUCAUGCUUUAUAAACAAUAUGGACGUUGAGCACAUAGAUGCUUCAGAUGUUUAGAUAUAUUAAAAUAUCACAACAAAUUGAUUGUCACUGAAAAAUAAGCAAAGCUGAACGAUUCUAUCUGAAGCUAAUCCUCUGGGUACGUAACGGAAGACCAUUUGACACAAUUAACAAAAAUGUUAUUUGAUAAAUAUUGUUUUUUUUUCUUGUGUAUAUUGCGUUAUUACAGCAAAUAAAACAAAUAAAAUUACUAAAUGAG